UGCCAGAAGCCAGGUCCGGUACCGCGAGGAUGGCAGUUCAGCAAGGUGGGCUGUCGGCUGUGUUGCUGAGGACACUGGGGAGGAUCGCGUCGCGGGGAACCUUCCCGACCUGAAAUGCCAGUAUUCCCCCUUUCCGGUGUGGUGCAGCAGUAUGCCUGGGGGAAGACAGGUUCUAACAGUGAAGUGGCUCGGCUGCUGGCCAGCAGUGACCCGCUGGCCCAGAUCUCAGAGGACAAGCCAUAUGCAGAGUUGUGGAUGGGGUGCCAUCCCCGGGGAGAUGCCAAGAUCCUUGACAAUCGCAUCUCACAGAAGACCCUAGGCCAGUGGAUCGCUGACAACCAGGACUGCUUGGGCUCAAAGGUCAAGGACACCUUUAAUGGCAAGCUGCCCUUCCUCUUCAAAGUGCUCUCGGUUGAAACUGCCCUGUCCAUCCAGGCACACCCUAACAAGGAGCUGGCAGAGAAAUUGCACCUCCAGGCUCCACAGCACUACCCCGAUGCCAACCAUAAGCCAGAGAUAGCCAUUGCCCUCACCUCCUUCCAGGGUUUAUGUGGCUUCCGGCCUGUUGAGGAAAUUGUGACGUUUCUGACAAAGGUGCCUGAGUUCCAGUUUCUUAUUGGAGAUAAUGCAGCAACACAGCUGAAGCAGAGCCUGAGCAGUGACUCCCAGUGUGUGGCCUCUGCUCUGCAGAGCUGUUUCUCCCACCUGAUGAAGAGCGAGAAGAAGGUGGUGAUGGAGCAGCUCAACCUGUUGGUGAAGCGGAUCUCCCAGCAAGUGGCUGCUGGAAACAACAUGGAGGACAUCAAUGGGGAGCUCUUGCUGCAGCUGCAUCAGCAGUAUCCGGGUGAUAUUGGAUGCUUUGCCAUCUACUUCCUGAACCUGCUUACCCUGAAGCCAGGAGAGGCCAUGUUUCUGGAGGCCAAUGUGCCCCAUGCCUACCUGAAAGGAGACUGCGUGGAGUGCAUGGCGUGUUCAGACAAUACUGUUCGUGCUGGCCUGACACCCAAGUUCAUCGAUGUGCCAACUCUGUGUGAAAUGCUCAACUAUACCCCCAGCAAGGACAGGCUCUUUCUUCCAACACAGAGUCAAGAAGACCCCUACCUCUCUAUCUAUAACCCCCCUGUGCCAGACUUCACUGUCAUGAAGAUGGAGGUCCCUGGCUCCAUCACUGAAUACAAGGUCUUGGCAGUGGACUCGGCCAGCAUCCUCCUGAUAGUACAGGGAAGAGUGACAGCCAGCACUCCCACAGCCCAGACACCAAUCCCCCUGCAGCGUGGUGGGGUGCUCUUCAUUGGGGCCAAUGAGAGCGUCUCACUGAAGCUCACUGUGCCCGAUGACCUGCUGAUGUUCCGAGCCUGCUGCCUGCUGUAGAGACCACAGCCUGUCUGGCUCUCCUCUGACAGUUACCCUAAAUCCUAGCCAGCCUCUCAGGCCCAGCUCAAACCCUUCCCUGUUCUGGACUUGGGUGUGCGCUGGAAGAGCUGGGGUAGAGUAGCAAGCUUGAAGGUAGUGCCUCCUGAGCAAGCCUAGGACAAACCAUCAUCUUUCUCUUGGGAGAAGGACCCCGAUGAGAACUAAGAGCAGACACUCCCCUUGUAUUCUCACCAUACCUCAGCCAGGCUCUCCUCAAGGCAGGAGGCAGCAGCUGUUCCAGCCUAUGGCAUUAAGCAGGCUGCUAAAAUCUAGUACUAUUUCAGCAUCACUCACAGCAGAAGGAUAGGCCAUUUCUAAGAACAGGGUUCUGGCCCUGGGACUGCCUGUUUCCUCAAACGCAAAGGAGGGAAAAGAGUAGGCCUAUGGACUCAUUGCUCAUUGCCACCCUCUGACUCUGUCAAAGCAAUUAAAGAUCACUGUGUUGAGGCUGACGUAGAGCAGUCAACCUUUAGUGUUCCAGGAUAGAGCCCUUUCUGGAUGUCCAGUUUUUGCUUUAAUUUCUGCUUCUAAGAGCUCCCUGUGGAGGGCAGGCUGGACUUCAGGGCCCUUUUAUAGGAAGGGCAGCCGGCUUCAGCCUUAGAUGCAGAGCUUGCAGGCAGGCCUUGAGUCCUACAUAUGGGGAAGGUGGAUCUAAAGACAGGUACUGUCAGUGUAAGAUUCUCCUCUCCAAUGUUAGUUGGCCUUAGGGCCAGGAUCAGCAUGUUAAGGCCAGCAGACUGGACCUGGCCACACUUGUCAUUUACAUACCAUCCAGCUGCUUUCAGGCUACAGUGGCAAAAUUUAGUAAAUGCACCAGACUGUAGGGCCUGCAACACCAGACAUACGGACCAACCCUUCCGAGUUUGUCAGCCACUUCUCUAGAGCACAUUCAGUCACUGUAUACACAGGGAUUUGGGGUCAGGGCAAUCCAAUUCGUGUUGUGAAGAGAAACCUAGCUACUUUUUCUAAACUGGCAGGAAAUACAUAGGGCGUCUGCUCUUCCCGUGCCUACCCUCUAGUCUGCAAGAGGUGGCACAGCUGUCUGUUCUGCCACUGAAGUACCUGACUGCAGUCCGAGAUCCUGUCACCUCAGACUUAGCAGAGAGCCAGGCUGUUGGCUCCUUCCUGUGGGGUAAGGGUUUAGACAGGCACAAAAGGAUCUUCUUGGGCUACUGCCCACACUAGACCUCCUAUACAAUGGAAAUCUAGGAAACUACCUUCAAAAAAGUUCUGGCCAAUCUGU